AUGAGCAAGAAAAAGGAGACGAAGCUGAGCAAGUACAUGAAGGCUCCCAUAAAGAUGGUGACCAAAGCAAGAGACUUGUACAUACGAAGCAUGAACCAACUGUCUUCCCAUGACCUAGGCGGCAUGUCUUUUGGGUUGCCGACGGCCUGCCACGUAAGCGCUCUUCCACGAAGUUUCAGCGCGAGCCACACCCACACACAAAGUUCCGCGAGAGACAAAGAGCAUCGUCUGGCUGAGCUUGUAAGAACCGCAUCAGCUAGGAAUAGGACCGUUGAUACGGGGCUUGGACCGUUGAAAUUGCGGAAGGCUAAUACUGUGAGAAGUUGUGAUGGUCAUGAUCACCAUGGGUUUGAGAGAAUUGAUGAGGCUAGUCCAUUGAUUAGUUUUGAGAGUAAUCACAAGAUGCUUCAAAAGAGUAAGAGUAUCGGUGUUGCCAAAUAUACCUAUGCUCUCCAAUAA